AUGAAAUCAGUUCUAUUAGUGCUCGUUUUUGCUGUUGCAUGUAGUGGACAACUUACAACGGAUUUUCUUGAAAACAAUAUUCUAAAGCCCUUGUUAGACGAUAUAUAUAAUAAUGCUAUUGGUAUGCUCGGACAACAACUUACUCAAUUACUCGGGAGUCUCUUUGGAAAACGUUCUGCUGUUGAGAGAAUCGAUAUUUUUCAGAUAUUGGCCCCAUACAUUGAGCAAGUGAAAGCAAUUUACAAACAACUUUUCAGCAAAUUUGAACAAAUUGUCCAACAUAUUGCUUCAUACGUCAAUAAACCUGAUUUUGCACGAAUUGAAUUUGUUUAUGCUGGUAUUGAUGCCGAACAACAAUUAGCUCGAUUAUCGCUUCCAAGCAAUAUAUUUGGACCAAUACUCGCUUUGGUUCAACAACAUUUGAGUGCUGCUGUCACACAAUUAGAAAAUGCUUUAGGUAGCAUCUUUCAAACACUACAGCCAACAAUUGGUACUGGUAAUUUAUUGCCAUAA